AUGACGUUGCGGGUGGCGAGCGCGGGCGCGAUCUUGGUCCCGCACCCGGAUAAGGCGGACAAAGGGGGCGAGGACGCGUGUUUCGUCCUCAAGCAGAGCGGUGCGUUCGGUGUUUUUGAUGGCGUCGGGGGAUGGGCGGAGGAAGGGGUGGAUCCCGCGGAGUAUAGCGAGAAAUUUGCCGAAAAGAGCGCGCAGAGCGUGUUGCGGGGGACGAGAGAUCCGGUGGCGGUGAUGAAGGACGCGCACGACGAGACGCAGGUGAUCGGAUCGUGCACGGCGUGCAUCGCCAUGUUGAAGGAUGGAAACAUUCUGGAUGUGGCGAAUCUUGGCGACGCUGGGGCUCUGGUCGCUCGGGAGGGCGAGGUGGUGUACCAAACGUCUCCUCAACAGCACGAAUUCAACCUGCCGUAUCAGCUCGGUUGGGCCAAGGUGUAUCCCGAAGGCGAUCGACCCGAGGCCUCGGAACGAUCGGAGAUAUCACUUUCGCCGGGAGAUGUUUUAGUGUUGGGAUCGGACGGGCUUUGGGAUAACGUUCCGCACGCCGAGGUCGCCGCUCUGUGCGCCGAACACAACGGCGACGCCGAGGAGUGCGCCGAGGCGAUCGCCACUUUGGCGUUCGGUUACUCGUGUGAUCCGGAGUACGACUCCCCUUUUACGCAGCAAGCGAGGGCAGUGGCAGAAACGAGGCCAGAGUGGGGUGACAGGAGAAGUAUUAUCGGAGGAAAGAUGGACGAUAUAGCCGUCGUCGUCGCGUUCAUUGAUUCAGAACGCACGCUUAGUUAG